AUGCAGAUCUUCGUGAAGACUCUUACUGGGAAGACGAUCACCCUUGAAGUUGAAGCAAGCGAUACUAUUGAGAAUGUGAAGGCGAAGAUCCAAGACAAGGAAGGCAUCCCACCCGACCAGCAACGCUUGAUUUUUGCCGGCAAACAACUUGAAGAUGGUCGAACUCUGUCUGAUUACAACAUCCAGAAAGAAUCCACUCUUCAUCUGGUGCUUCGUCUGCGUGGUGGCAUGCAGAUAUUCGUGAAGACCCUGACCGGUAAGACGAUUACCCUUGAAGUUGAAGCAAGCGAUACUAUUGAGAAUGUGAAGGCGAAGAUCCAAGACAAGGAAGGCAUCCCACCCGACCAGCAACGCUUGAUUUUUGCCGGCAAACAACUUGAAGAUGGUCGAACUCUGUCUGAUUACAACAUCCAGAAAGAAUCCACUCUUCAUCUGGUGCUUCGUCUGCGUGGUGGCAUGCAGAUAUUCGUGAAGACCCUGACCGGUAAGACGAUUACCCUUGAAGUUGAAGCAAGCGAUACUAUUGAGAAUGUGAAGGCGAAGAUCCAAGACAAGGAAGGCAUCCCACCCGACCAGCAACGCUUGAUUUUUGCCGGCAAACAACUUGAAGAUGGUCGAACUCUGUCUGAUUACAACAUCCAGAAAGAAUCCACUCUUCAUCUGGUGCUUCGUCUGCGUGGUGGCAUGCAGAUAUUCGUGAAGACCCUGACCGGUAAGACGAUUACCCUUGAAGUUGAAGCAAGCGAUACUAUUGAGAAUGUGAAGGCGAAGAUCCAAGACAAGGAAGGCAUCCCACCCGACCAGCAACGCUUGAUUUUUGCCGGCAAACAACUUGAAGAUGGUCGAACUCUGUCUGAUUACAACAUCCAGAAAGAAUCCACUCUUCAUCUGGUGCUUCGUCUGCGUGGUGGCAUGCAGAUAUUCGUGAAGACCCUGACCGGUAAGACGAUUACCCUUGAAGUUGAAGCAAGCGAUACUAUUGAGAAUGUGAAGGCGAAGAUCCAAGACAAGGAAGGCAUCCCACCCGACCAGCAACGCUUGAUUUUUGCCGGCAAACAACUUGAAGAUGGUCGAACUCUGUCUGAUUACAACAUCCAGAAAGAAUCCACUCUUCAUCUGGUGCUUCGUCUGCGUGGUGGCAUGCAGAUAUUCGUGAAGACUCUUACUGGGAAGACGAUCACCCUUGAAGUUGAAGCAAGCGAUACUAUUGAGAAUGUGAAGGCGAAGAUCCAAGACAAGGAAGGCAUCCCACCCGACCAGCAACGCUUGAUUUUUGCCGGCAAACAACUCGAAGAUGGACGUACCUUAUCGGAUUACAACAUUCAGAAGGAGUCCACUCUACACUUGGUUUUGCGCCUUCGUGGUGGCUAA